AUGGAGAGCAACAUGUCCUCCAGGAACUGUUCUGACCCCCAGAUGUCCUUCCAGUCCACCCUCUACGCCACCACCUACACCCUCAUCUUCAUCCCGGGGCUCCUGGCCAACAGCGCUGCCCUGUGGGUCCUGUGCCGGUUCCUCAGCAGGAAGAGCAAAGCCGUCAUCUUCAUGAUCAACCUGGCUGUGGCUGACCUGGCCCACGUCCUCUCGCUGCCCCUGCGCACCUACUACUACAUCAACCACACCUGGCCCUUCGGGAGCUUCCUGUGCCAGGUGUGCUUCUACCUGAAGUACCUCAACAUGUACGCCAGCAUCUGCUUCCUCAGCUGCAUCAGCAUCCAGCGGUACCUGUUCCUGCUGCACCCCUUCCGAGCCAAGGGCUGGAAGCGCCGCUACAACGUGGCCAUCAGCGCCCUGGUCUGGCUCUUGGUGGGGGCUGCCUGCCUGCCCCUCAUCAUCGUCAGGAGCCCAGCCCUGUCCAACUCCAUCAACAGCUGCUUCUCAGACCUGGGCGUGAAGCAGCUCAGCCCCGGGGCCGCCAUCGCGCUGGUGACAGUGGCGGAGCUGUUUGGCUUCGUCAUCCCCUUCGGCACCAUCGCCUGGUGCACGUGGAGGAUGUGGCAUUCCCUGCGGGAGGGCCCCACGGCGCUGCAGGACGCUGGAGAGAAACGGAAGGCCCUGAGGAUGGUCCUCAUGUGUGCCGCCGUCUUCUUCAUCUGCUUCACCCCCUACCACAUCAACUUCCCCUUCUUCAUGAUGGUGAUCGAGAACGUCAUCCGGGACUGCGCCCUGCACCGCAGCACGCUGCGCUUCCACCCCAUCUCCCUGUGCCUGGCCAGCCUCAACUGCUGCCUGGACCCCGUCCUCUACUACUUCAUGACCUCCGAGUUCCAGGCGCAGCUGCUGCGCCACGGCUGCGUGGCCCUGAGGACGCGGCUCCCGCCCCGCCGCAGCAGCGCCUCCGGCACCGACACCGCCCACGACAUCCGCGUCAGGAAGAGGAAUCUCCCCCGCCUCAAGUUCUGGUCUCUUCCCAAGUUCUUUGGCCAGAUAAACAGCAUGGACAUCCCCACUGUGCCCCCCGAUGAGCUGCUGCUGGAGUCCAUCUCGUGA